CACACACUGACAGGUCACAGCGGCAAAGUUAUGGCCGCCAAGUAUCUGCACGAGCCCAUUAAAGUGGUCACCGGCAGUCAUGACCGCACGCUGAAAGUGUGGGAUUUGCGCAGCAUCGCCUGCAUCGAAACGAAAUUCGCCGGUUCCAGCUGCAAUGAUCUGGUCACCACCGACAGUCUCGGCUCGUCCAUUAUCAGCGGGCACUAUGACAAAAGGUUACGUUUCUGGGAUAUACGCACCGAGAAGCAGGCGGAUGAUAUUUUACUGCCAGCGAAAAUCACAUCGAUUGACUUGUCAAAGGAUGGCUACUAUCUGAUUUGUACUAUUAGAGAUGAUACAAUAAAACUAUUAGACUUACGCAAAAAUCAAAUAAUGGCGUCGUUUUCCCAUGAAAACUUCAAACUCAGCUGUGAUUGGGCGCGCGUUUCAUUCAGCGCUUGCGGCUCAAAGAUUGCGUGCGGGUCUUCGGACGGUUUAGUUUAUAUCUGGAAUAUCACGGGCGAAUUGGAGGCGACGUUAAAGGGCCACACUUAUGGUUCCGGUUUAUUUCACAGCUCUGCGGUCAACGCGGUCAGUUGGUGCCCCAAUAGCAAUACGCUGGCCUCGGUAGGCAGAGACAGACGCUGUAUCAUUUAUACCGAGUCGUAGCCGUGGCAAUGACAGCCAAGGAGACGACAUCGGCAGAGGCGGUGCCAGUUGCAUGGCUAAGUGGCAAUGACUGGCAUAAAGUGAAUGCAACCUCACAGAAAAGAAGCAAUUUAUGGAAUACUAAUAACAACAAAUCCAAUGGCGUAGGGUGGGUGGUAGCUACGCGUAUGUGUGCUGUCAUUGGUUACUACUGGGGGGUUCCACAAUGCAAAGGAAAAUGAAAAACAAAAACAUUUUCUUUUUGCGGUGAUUUUAAGUUUUUUCUUAUAUUUUAUUUUAUAAGUAAUAUUUGCGAUUGUAAUUGAAAUUUGUUGAAAGAGCAGAAAAAGUAACGCGAAGUAGGCAAAAACUUAAAGUUAUUGUGUAUAAACAAAAAAAAACCAAAAUAUGUGAAUGAAGUAGAUAAUAUUUACGUAGUUAUAAGGUGUGCUGAAUUUAAAUAAAAUAAGAUUUUGUAUUUGGUAAAAAUUAAUUGUUAACUAUAAUAAGCAAUCGGUACUACAAAGAUGAAUUGGAAUAUGUUUUGAUUAAGUGUAACUGUGAAAUCCACUACCAAUUCUAUUUAAAAAAAAAAAUUUUUAAUUAAUAAUAUAUAUAAUUUUUUUAAUUUUUGUUUUUAAAGAGUUUUUAAAUUUUUUUUUAACAUUUUUUAAAUAUUUUUUUUACAUUUUUCAAACUUGUUUUUUAUAAUAUAUUCGGUCGGAAGAAAAAAUUAUGUAUCAGCGUAGUAGAUUUUGAAUUGAAAUUAAGUGGAAAUUUUUGUAUUAACCUAAGAACCUUUUUGUUAUGUCUACACACCUCCAAAUAUAUACAUCUUUCUUAUAAAAAUGUCUAUUCGUAAAUUUUAUUAGGUUUGUAAAGAAAAAAAAAACAAUUUAAUUGUCCUUUAAUUAACUAUAAAAAUUGUUUUCUACUAAACUAUCGAAAAUUUCUAAAAAAUACAAACCAAAAGCAAAAAAAAACAACAAUUAUAGAAAAAUAUUUUUCACUACUCGCAACCAGUUGCUUCCUGAAAGGACUACGCUGCUUCGCAGGCUCACUAAGAGGAGUGCAUAGCAAACCGCUAAUAUAUGGAGAAAGUUGUUAUACUUACAUACCUACCUACAUCUAAAAUAUUUAUAAAUUGAAGCUUAAAUAAAAAAACUAAAAAAAAAACAACAACAACAACAUGAAACAGUGACUAAGUAAGCAUCACUUUGUUGAACUCUUUUCAAUUAUGAAUUUAUUUUUUUACACACAUACAUACACACAAGCGGAUAUGCUAAUUAACAUAAUUAUGAAUAAAUUCUUUAUAAAUAAUAUUAAAUGCUCUAAUAAUUACUUAUCAACCUAAAAUUGUAUAUCACAUAAAAAUGUAUAUUCUUGUAAUAGUCAGUUUGUAAGUUUGUAAGCUCUAAGUUUUGUAAUAAAUAUGUAUUGAAAAUAUUUUUAUUUGCCAUUUUGUAAGAGCCACUAAGGGUAAAGCACUACUUGAAUGCCACAAUAAAAUUAUCGAAUAUUGUUGGGAUACAAUGAAA